GUCCGGUGGAGGGCUUUGGUUAAUUCGGUGAUGAACCUAGCUAGUUAGUCAGUAUAUCUGUGGUGGUGUAAUGAUUAGCGCGGUUAUCAUAUAUGCAUUUUAUCCGAGCUCAGAUCCCGACAAUAGCGUUUUUUAUAUUUGAUUAAAAAUACAGUUUUGUUUAAAAUUUAUUAUAAAUAUAAUCACAGUGAUUCGAACAUUUUCGUCUUUAACACAAAAAUAUUCUUGUGGGAUUAAAGAAUUGUUUUAUUUUAAACGUAGUACAGUACUGAGACAAAUAUUUUUAAGUACUCGGCGUGUCUCUAAGAGUACUCUUCAAAAGGCAACGAUUUAACAUCAUAUUCCUUUUUGCUAAUCGCAAAAGUAGACCAAUGGAUUCUGCGAGGGUUUGGCACAGAACGUAGAAAGUGCAGAUACUGUGUCAAGCCCACAAAUAUAUUGUGCACGACAAACCUGUCCUUCCACUUACUUGCCGUGACGUAACGUGAUUUUAAUAUACCGUUGGAUGCAUUACACGUCUUGAAGGCAUAAGUGUAUAACAUUUUGGCAGUUCCAACAGCUGUUCUCGGGCAUGGUACUGGAAGACACGUUUGUUUUCAUGUGAAAAAAGGGAACGAGCGGUGAUCAAAGAUGUCUUGGAUCGAGGAUCCUGGCUGGAAUGAGUUCCGGGGUUUGAAUCUCAGUGACUUGAAGGUGGAUGAAGCGUUUGUAAAUGUGACGUCACUACUUUAUAGCUCGUUAUGGCUGUACACCCUAUCGGACGAAUGCUACAAGUGUCCUUACUCUCGACUGACAAGCAUUCCUCCGCGUCAGAAUCGGGUCCUCACGGUUGACACCAAACACGGAACAUCAUGGCGUCUUCUUUUGAAUGGUUCCAUGGAAUUCAUUCAAAGACAAAACAGAAGUUCUCUUAUAUGUGAACUGGAGCCAUCUUUCGGAGAAUUUGGUGUGUAUGACCUCGUUAUCAGCGGAACCGAGUCUGGCGAUGUCCUGUGCUCUAUGACCACAGCCAAGGAACCUGUCAAUAUUUACUUACCACUGAUUCUGUGUUUGAUGGGACUGGCCAUUAUCUGGCUUCUGUUCUUGUCGGGGUCCAGCGUGACAAGAAAGUGGCUGGAUUACAGGAGACGGAUCAUCGAACCGACUAGCGGGUCUCAGGUCGCAUCAGCUUCCGAUGGCAAGAACGUAUCGCAACACCAGUCUCCUCAAAGACUCCGUCUCAAGUCUCUGGACACUUUCCGAGGGAUCAGCGUCGUUCUAAUGAUAUUCGUUAACGAUGGCGCCGGCGGGUACUGGUUCCUGGAGCAUGCCACCUGGAACGGCCUGCAACUCGCCGAUCUCUUGUUUCCAUGGUUCAUGUGGAUAAUGGGGGUCUGUAUUCCUAUCUCGGUGAGGUCGCAGCUCAAGAGGAAUGUCCCUAGGUCCACCAUGUUUCUCGCCGUCCUUCGGAGAGCGUCCAUUCUUUUCCUGUUGGGGCUGGUAUUAAACUCUUUGUGGGGUUCAAGACUGGAGACGAUGCGAGUCUUCGGCGUUCUUCAAAGGUUUGGACUUGUCUACUUCGUCGUCGCUACGCUCUGCGUAUUUCUUACGUGUCGCAGCUACCGAACACCCAAGAUUCCUUUUCUUGCGGCAUCUCAAGACAUCGUAGUCCUGCUUCCUCAGUGGAUUCUGAUGGUGGGUGUCGUGGCCGGUCACUUGGCCCUCACGUUUUAUCUGGACGUCCCCGGAUGUCCUAAGGGGUACUUGGGCCCCGGCGGUGUUCAGGACAAAGGGCAGUUCAAGGGCUGUGUCGGCGGAGCCACGGGCUAUUUGGACCGCCUGAUACUCGGGGAGAAUCACAUCUACCAGCACCCAACUGCGCGGAAGGUCUACGGGUCGGGACCCUUCGACCCUGAGGGUCUUACGGGAUGCCUGCUCUCGGUGUUCCAAGUAUUUCUGGGGGUGCAGGCCGGCACCACCCUUUCCUUCUACAGUGACUGGAAGGGGCGAGUGACCCGCUGGAGUGUGUGGGGCGCGGUGGUUGGUAUCUCGGCUGGAAUACUUUGCCUCGCCAGCAAGGACGAAGGCUGGAUACCGAUCAACAAGAACCUUUGGUCGCUGUCCUUCGUACUGGCGACGUCGUGCCUCGCGUUCUUCUUGCUAGCCGCCUGUUACGUGCUUAUCGACGUCAGAGGCUGGUGGAGUGGAGCUCCGUUCUUUUAUCCAGGAAUGAAUGCCACUAUCAUGUACGUGGGACAUUCUGUCGCCUUCCGGAUGUUUCCCUGGCACUGGUCCCUAGGGACCAUGAACACACACUUUAUCCUGCUCAUCGAGUCCCUAUGGGGCACAGCCCUCUGGGUACUUGUGGGUCUUUGGCUUCAUAACAUCAAAUUCUUUUUGUCGCUGUAACAUCGUGUGACGUAAUAGUACGAGGGCUAUUGAACUGGAGCACAGCCGACGAAUAUCCCAGUCAUAUUUCAUUUUAAUGAUGUAAGGAAUUGAAUAAAUGAAUCUGUAUACUUUUG